AAUCAUGAAAAUGAAUUAAUAUUUAAACAAAUAUCACAUUCAAUUAAUGAUAAUAUUGGUGAUAAUAAUGGUUCAACAACAACAACAAAAACGACAACAACAACAAAUAAUAAUCGUUCAAUAUUACAAAAUGUUAAUGGAUAUGCUGGACCUGGUCAAAUAUUGGCAAUAAUGGGUCCAUCCGGUAGUGGUAAAACAACAUUUCUUAAUAUAUUAAGUGGACGUACAAAACCAUCGAUUAGUGGUGAUAUAACAAUGAAUGGACAAACAUUAAAUAAACAACUUCGUCGUCGUAUUUGUUAUGUAUUACAGCAGGAUAUAUUUUUUCCAAAUCUUACAUUAAAACAAACAUUAAUGUAUACGGCCCGAUUACGAUUACCCGAAUCGAUGAAAAAAAAUGAAAAAUUAGCAUUGAUUGAUAAAAUUAUUGAAGAAUUACAGUUGAAAAAAUGUGAAAAUACAAUAAUCGGUGAUAUAAGUCGUCGUGGACUAUCAGGUGGUGAAAAGAAACGAGCAAAUAUUGCUUGCGAAUUGUUGACCAAUCCAAGUGUCUUGCUUCUUGAUGAACCAACAUCUGGUCUUGAUUCUUGUACAGCACAUAAAUUGAUACAAAUAUUAAAAGAUUUCGCUCUGAAACGAAAGAAAACAAUUGUCAUGUCAAUACAUCAACCAUCAUCAAAAAUGUUUUACAUGUUAGAUAAUUUAUUAUUAUUAACAAAUGGUCAGCCGGCUUAUUUUGGCAAUAUACAUGGUGUUGUACCAUUUUUUACACGUAUUGGUUAUGGUAUUAAUAUACAUUAUAAUCCAGCCGAAUUUAUAUUGGAAAAAAUUGAAGAUAAUGAAUGUCAACAGAAAAUUAUUGAUGCAGCCAAACAAUUACCUAAAUUACCGAAAAUAUUGAAAAAAAUUGAUCUUCAAAAUAUUGUUGAUGAUCAUCAUGAUCAUCAUGUAAAUGACCAUCAUCACGAUGAUCACCAUCAUGAUCACCCCCAUCCCCACCACCAUCAUCAUCAUGAUCAUCAUGAUCACCAUCAUCAUGCAUCUGAUUAUCAUCAUCAUCCUCAUAAAUUUCCAAGCGAUAAUGAUUCUGGUCGAUCUUCUUGGUCGGAUCGUAGCUCUACAUUCUCAUCAAAUUCUCUUAGUCGUGAUGAAAGUGAAACAAAGAAAAACCAAAAUCAUCAUCAUCAUCAUCAUUCAAAAACAAUGACAAAUGGUGAAAUUGAACAUUCAGAAAUUAGUAAUAAAGAACGUAAAUGGCCAACAAGUUUAUGGACACAGGUCAAAGUAUUGACUGAACGAAAUUAUAUUGAAGCACGUCAUCGAAUGUUAUCAAAAGUGAAUUGGAUUCAAACGAUAGGUUUAGCAUUGUUGGUAGGAAUACUUUGGUUUCAAACCGAACGUAAUGAAGAUACAAUGAAUGAUAUUCGUGGUUGGAUGUUUUUCUCUACUACCUACUGGAUGCAAUUUGGCCUAUUCCAAGCAUUAUUAACAUUUCCACCUGAACGACAAGUUAUUAAUAAAGAACGUUUAUCCGGUGCUUAUAGAUUAUCUGCCUAUUAUAUUGCUAAAAUGAUUGGCGAAUUACCUCUUACUAUUGUAUUGCCCACAGUAUUUUUUAUAAUAUCGUAUCCAAUGUUAGGAUUAACAUCUUUCAUUACGGCCACCUAUUUAUGGUUAUUUUUAAUAAUAUCAAUUAUUUGUGCUCAAAGUUUUGGCCUAUUCAUUGGUGCAUUGUGUUCAAAUCUAGAGGUUUCUGUUACCAUUUCGGCAUUAUAUUCAUUAUCAACAAUGUUAUUUGCUGGUUAUUAUGCAUCUAUACCAUCAUGGCUUUCAUGGACACGUUAUUUAUCAAUUAUUUAUUAUGCAUUUCAAAAUAUGCAGCUUAUUGAAUUUGGUGGAACAAAUCUUAAAUGUUCAGAAACAUUAACAAAAUUUCAAUAUUGUAAACAAUCUUCGGAUAUAAAAUCAGCAUACAUUCCACGUUUGGAAUUGGAAUCCAAUUUAGAUCUGAUGAGUCCGAAUACAAAACCAUUACCAGUUUGGUUCAAUACAAUGAUAUUAUUAGUAUUUUUAUUGAUAUUUCGUUUAAUGGGAUAUCUUUCGCUACGAUAUACACGUAAACCAACCACCUGUUGAAUUAAUUUAUUCUGAAAUGAAAUAAAAUCCUACAUGCCAAAAACCAUAAGAAACAAUAGAAUAAUUUCAACAAAAAAUCACUUAUUUUCACAGCUCAGCUGAAAAAAAAU